UUUUUUGAGAGGAGAAUAAUGUCCAGGAACAUGAGAUCUGACUCACCGAUGGGUAGCCCGACCUUGUUUUGGGGUUUGAUGCUGUCUGUCUCCACUAUCUUCAUGUGGUCCACAUAUGGAGAGAUUUGUGGUCCGAGUAUCGACAUCCGAAAUGAGAUCAGUGAGUUCAAGCGGCUGGAGAACUGCACGGUGGUGGAGGGCUACCUGCAGAUCCUCCUCAUCAAUGACAAGACCAACAACAUCCACCAGGAGGCCUUCCGCUCCCUCACCUUCCCCAAGCUGACCGUCAUCACCGACUACCUGCUGCUCUUCCGCGUCUCGGGCCUGGACAGCCUCAGCAUGCUCUUCCCCAACCUCAGUGUCAUCCGCGGGCGCAAUCUCUUCUACAACUACGCCCUCGUGAUCUACGAGAUGACCAGCCUGAAGGACAUCGGCCUGUACAAGCUGAGGAACAUCACCCGGGGGGCCAUGAGGAUUGAGAAGAACCCUGAGCUCUGCUACCUGGACUCAGUGGACUGGUCUCUUAUUAUGGAUGCUGGGUUCAACAACGUUAUCAAUGGAAAUAAGAAGGCAAAGGAGUGUGACAAUGUCUGUCCAGGCAUCAUGGAGGAUAACCCUCUCUGUCAGAGGACGUCGUUCAAUGACAACUACGACUACCGCUGCUGGACAUCUAACCAGUGCCAGAAAGUAUGCCCAGAACACUGCAAGCUUGCCUGUACAGACAAGGGGGAGUGUUGCCACAGCCAGUGCCUGGGCAGCUGCACUGAACCCAACAACGACAUGGCCUGCUCCGCCUGCCUCCACUAUUUCCAUGAGGACCGCUGUGUUCCAGACUGUCCCCCGGGCACUUACAAGUUUGAGGGCUGGCGCUGCAUCAACAUGGACCUGUGUUCUCAAGUGCACCUGCCCGGUGACACUCGCUUUGUCAUCCACGGGGGAGAAUGUAUGCCCGACUGCCCCUCUGGCUUCACACGCAAUGAGACUAAUCGUAUGUUAUGCAGUGCCUGCAAUGGCCUGUGUGACAAGGUGUGCACAUCCCUUGUCAUCGACUCUGUGGACGCUGCUCAGUCCCUGAAGGACUGCACUGUCAUCGAGGGCAAUCUGGACAUCAACAUUCGCCGUGGAAAUAACAUAGCGUCUGAGCUGGAGAGCUUCAUGGGAUUGAUCCAGACAGUGACGGGCUAUGUGAAGAUUCGACACUCCCACGCACUUGGCUCGCUGUCCUUCCUCAAGAGCCUGCGUUACAUCAAUGGGCAGGAACUCAUCGACAACAUGUAUUCGUUCUCCGCCAUCAACAACCAGCACUUGCAGUACCUGUGGGACUGGAGUCAGCACAACCUGACUAUUCGGGCUGGACGUCUCUUCUUUCGUCUGAACCCCAAACUCUGCAUGUCUGAGAUCCGCACGAUGUGGGAUAAGACGGGAAUAACUGUGAAGCCAGAGCAGGGUGAUUUCCGUAACAACGGUGAAAGAGCCAGCUGUGAAAGCCAUACCUUGACAUUUAAGUAUAACGACACAUUAAGCCAUAUGAUCAACCUGACAUGGGAGCGCUACAGGCCGCCAGACUACGGAGACCUUAUCAGCUUCAUAGUCUACUACAAGGAGUCCCCUUUCCAGAACAUCACAGAGUUUGACGGCCAGGAUGGCUGUGGCUCAAACAGCUGGCACAUGGUGGAUGUGGAUUUUCCUCAGGAUAAAACCGAUGACCCAAAAGUCAGUCUGCAACACCUCAAGCCGUGGACCCAAUAUGCUAUUUUUGUGAAGGCCAUCACCCUGCAGGUGGAGGACAAACACAUAAGUGGCGCAAAGAGUGAUAUUAUCUACAUUCGCACACGCCCGUCACUGCCGUCUGUGCCUAAAGACGCCCGCGCUUUUGCCAACUCCUCGACUAAGCUGGUGGUGAAGUGGUCACCUCCAGUCUUUCCCAACGGCAAGCUGACCUACUACCUGGUCCGCUGGCAGCAGCAGCCUGAGGACAGGGAGCUCUACCAACAUAACUACUGCUCCAAAGAGCUGAAGAUCCCAGUCCGGAUCCCAGCGACGGGGCUCACAGACAUGGAAGAGAACACCAAGCCCACCAAGUCAGACCUGGCAGGGGCAGAGAAGGGCCCGUGCUGCGCUUGCCAGAAGACGCCCGAGGAGAAGGAUCGGGAGAAGGAUGAUCGCGUCUUUUUAAAGAUUUUCGAGAACUUCCUUCACAAUGCCAUCUUCCUGCCGAGACCUCCAGACCGUCGACGCAGAGAUGUUUUUGGUGUGGCUAACAACACACUGUUUCAUGAGGGUGCUGGUAGGGGGAACACCACCCUUGGCCCCGGGGAUAACAGUACAGAUGGCAUUCCUCCUAUUAAAGAGUACCCCUUCUCAGAAGACAAGAGCACAGCAGAAAAUUUAGAGAUCCCCAACCUGCGUCCCUUCACAGUCUACCGCAUUGACAUCCAUGCCUGCAAUGAGGAGGUGGGGCAGUGCAGCGCUGGAGCAUUUGUCUUCUCCAGGACCAAACCUGCAGUCAAAGCAGAUGACAUCCCCGGAAAGGUGAUCUAUGAGAGGAGUGAAAAGGUUGAGGGUUGUGUGGUGCUGCACUGGCCAGAGCCCAUCAUGCCCAAUGGACUCAUCCUGAUGUAUGAGAUCAAGUUCCGUCUGGGAACUGAGCCUGAGAAACACGAGUGUGUGUCGCGCCAGCAGUACCGCGAGCACAAAGGAGCUCGGCUGACCAACCUGGGCUCCGGAAACUACUCUGCCCGUGUGCGCGCCACUUCUCUAGCAGGGAACGGCUCCUGGACGGAGAGCGUGUCCUUCUACGUGCCUCCACCCAAACGAGACGAUGGUGUUGCGUUUUAUUUGGUCAUCAUAAUUCCCAUCAUAGUGACAGUUUUCAUCGCCAGCCUCACCACGAUUCUCUUCUUUGUCAACAAAAAGAGGAAUAGCGACAGAUUGGGAAAUGGAGUUCUUUAUGCAUCUGUCAACCCAGAGUACUUCAGUGCUGCUGAGAUGUACGUCCCGGAUGAGUGGGAGGUGGCCAGGGAGAAGAUCACUAUGCACAGAGAACUGGGCCAGGGCUCCUUCGGCAUGGUGUACGAAGGCAUCGCCAAGGGGGUGGUCAAGGACGAACCUGAGACGCGAGUGGCUAUCAAGACGGUCAAUGAGUCCGCCAGCAUGAGGGAGCGCAUUGAGUUUUUGAACGAGGCCUCUGUCAUGAAGGAGUUCAACUGUCACCAUGUGGUGCGGCUGCUGGGCGUGGUCUCGCAGGGACAGCCAACCUUGGUGAUUAUGGAGCUGAUGACACGUGGUGAUCUCAAGAGCCACCUGCGCUCUCUGCGCAAAGAAAAUGCCACCAGCCAGGUCCUACCCCCGCUCAAAAAGAUGAUCCAGAUGGCAGGGGAAAUUGCUGACGGCAUGGCGUACCUAAAUGCCAACAAAUUUGUCCACAGAGAUCUGGCUGCCAGGAACUGCAUGGUAGCAGAGGACUUCACUGUGAAGAUUGGAGAUUUUGGCAUGACCAGAGAUAUUUAUGAGACGGAUUACUACCGAAAGGGAGGGAAGGGCUUGCUGCCUGUCCGCUGGAUGUCUCCAGAGUCGCUGAAAGAUGGCGUGUUCACUACAAUGUCUGAUGUCUGGUCAUUUGGUGUCGUGCUGUGGGAGAUCGCCACCUUAGCAGAACAGCCUUACCAGGGCAUGUCCAACGAGCAAGUGCUGCGCUUCGUCAUGGAGGGAGGACUCUUGGACAAACCUGACAACUGUCCUGACAUGCUGUUUGAGCUGAUGAGGAUGUGCUGGCAAUAUAACCCCAAGAUGCGUCCGUCCUUCCUGGAGAUCAUCAGCAGCAUCAAAGAUGAACUGGAUCCUCCCUUCAGGGAAAUGAGCUUCUUCUACAGUGAGGAGAACAAGCCGCCGGACACCGAGGAGUUGGACAUGGAGGUAGAAAACAUGGAGAACAUUCCACUGGACCCUGCAUCCACCAGGCAGCCCUCAGCUGCUGCCGCCCCCUCUUCGGGGUGUACAGGAGGCACGCCGCCUCCUUCUACCCAGCAGUUAUCCCCCAUGCAAGGCCCGAGUACUCCAUUACUGGGACCUAUGUCUCCCUCAUCCCCGGGCACGGUCGCCUCAGCCUUGGCGUCUCCAGGCCAAGCCUUGGACAAGCACUCAGGACAUGUUUCGGCCAACGGGCCUGUGGUGGUGCUGCGGCCCAACUUUGACGAGAUACAACCCUAUGCACACAUGAAUGGGGGCAGAAAGAACGAACGGGCGUUACCACUGCCCCAGUCGUCGGCCUGCUGAUAUCAGACCAGCCCCUCCUCCUCCUCUUACACAGGGUAACACAAACCUCUCCUCCAUCUCUUAAGGGGGGAUGGAUGAGGUAAGGAAUGACUUUCUUCUACUGUGUGCCAGUAGAUGGUCUCUCCACUCCUUUAAGGUCAAACUUAAACUCUAAAAACUUAAACAGAAACCUCCUAAAGCGUUUGGAGUUUGGUGGCUCAGACUCGACACUGGGGAACUCCUUCCUGUGCAGCCUGUAUUUCAGUCAUUGUUACCUAAGUCCUUCAAACAAUACAGGCAUGUAUCCUGACUUACAGAUUUAGACAUAAAGAAAAUCAUUUUUUAGCAUAUCUGCCAGCAAAUCCAACAGAGGAGCACUUUUUUCCCUGAUGAUUUCAGAGAGGAUGUUGUGGAUAUCCGAGUGUGUAUUUAUACAAACAAAUGAUUCUCUCUCUAUAAUAUGGUAUAACUCCAUUUCUAAAAUGACUUUCCAUCAAAAUGACUUUGUUUCCAUGAGCAGAUUGGCUCAUGACACGUGAGGAUGCCUCAAUUAGAAAGUUUGGACUAAAAUAAUUGUUUCAUUUUCCUGUUGAUAUUUCUGUGGGUGUAGAUCCUGUCAGGAGUGGGUCGAAAUGGAAGAGGAGGGCCUAUUGUGUAUCUACCAAAAUGUUGCCAAAUCGAGCUUUUUCUGCAAUUUCAUACAGGUCUCCCUUCUUGUUUAAGGCUGUGAUUCAGAGUUGAGAUAGGUUUCUCUGGGAAACAAUACCAAAAUUGUUUGGUGGUGUUCAGACUUCAUGCUUAUCUUUAGCAGUAACUGCUCCAGCAGCAGCUGUGUGGGUGUGGGGCGGGGGGGUUGAUAACAGGACAGAAUACAGUGUUACUGUUGAGAUGUGCUGCAUUCACACCUGCAGUCAAAGUUUUCUCAGAAUAUGCAGCGUCUGCACCGGGGGUGGAAUAAAUGUAACAGGCUUGUGAGGAGAAACACAACACUAAAAUAAGUGAAUUGCAGAGACACAAGUAUAAAAUCAAGACUGAGUUUAUUUCAUUCACGAUUUGAAAUGUAAGCAAAGGCAUCUUUAAUAAAAUUUUGUUGAUGUUCUUUUACUCAAUGGACACAAUAUCAGUAUGAAAUCUUAAAUAAUUGAUAAUAAUAAGUAACCACUAGCAUUACCAUGAUGGCAACAAGAUUUUUUUAGAGGGAUAAAUUACUUUUUGAAACAUUUCAAAAUCUCAUUGGUUCCAGCUCCUCAAACGUGAGGAUCUGCUGCUUUUUUUUUUGUCCAGUGUCAUAGUAAACUGGUCAUGUUUGGGUGUGUGACAGUCGGUCAGUUGGUCAUCACCUUGGACAGUCUUCACUACAAAUCCAAAAUAAUUGGAAGAUUAACUGAUAAUGAAAAUAAUCAUUCUUUGCAGCCCCCUAUUUUUCAUAUAAUUACAUUAGAAAAACCUGCAUGCUGUUGCUGAUGAUGGGCUUACCAACAUUUUCUGUUGCACCACCCGAAUCCCUUCAGAUCUAAGAAUAACUUUAUCCCUUCAUUUCUGUCAUCUUUUGAACAUCUGAGGGAAGUACACACAUGUGACUUGAGUCAGCCAACUCUGAAUCACAGCCUCGGUCUGUCUUUGUUUUAAUUAAAAAAAAAAAAAGAAAAGGAAAAAAAAAAAUAGAAAGAAAACAUCAAAGCAUCAGAAGUCCCACACUGCAAAACACUGAACUUCACAAUCAAGGGAUACGACUCUGCCUCCACUUUCAUUUACUCAAACCUUAUCUGACAUUUUUUUAAAGUGUGCAUUUCAUGUGGGAGGUGAUAACUGCUAUUCAAUUUAAAUGGCACCAAAAACAUCACAACAAACAAACUGAGUCUGAGACCUGAGACAGAAAAUGAGAAGGUGUUGGAUCGGUAAAGAUUUUAGUAGCCUAGAGACAACUUUUAAGUCACAACAGGUCUCUUUUAGAAUAGUCAUUAGUUUCUCUACAUUUCGAACACAUAUAAAGGUCUUACAGUUGUAUUUUAGACUGCAGGAUCGUUUUUAUACACAUCAUUGAUUUUGUCACUUUUUUAAACCUUUUUACGGUUCAAAAUGUUUGCCUCUAUGUCUGUACAGAACAAAGCUGCUAUUUUAUUCUUUUUCUCUUUUGGAUGUUAUAUAUAAAGGAAUCCUUCAGGUUUGGUAUUUUAUGGUCUCCACUACAGUCCAUUUCUUAUAUCUUCAAACUCUGUUUAAAAAAAUAAAAUGAAAAUAAAACUACAAAAAAUAAGAUGAUUUAGAUAUAAAAACAUUUUUUUUUUCUGUUACCCCAAAAGGUUUUUCUGUAACACUACAUUUUGUUA